CUAACCAAUCGGGUGUUGAUACAAAAAGUUACUGUAGCCCAGGCUAAUGCGUUGCGAUGCUGUGGAGCUAAUGUUAGGUAUCUGGCUAGCACAAUGUCACCUAACCUUUGACAACAGCCAACUAAAGCGGAGCGGAAACUGUUCGUUAUGAAUUCCUAUCGAGUAGAUUACGUUAGGUUAUCAUCUAAAUGUGUCGUUAUCUCUGUACUUAUUGCGUUUUUCACGCAGACGGUCGGCGGUUUCAGCCCGAACCUUGAUAGUGAGUUUACAUUUCUACUGCCAGCAGGAAGAACAGAAUGCUUCUUCCAAACGGCGUCGAAAAAUGGCUCUAUGGAAGUUGAAUACCAGAUCAUCGCAGGUGCAGGCAUGGAUGUGGACUUCACCAUCCUCUCUCCUCAUGGCUAUCAGCUGAUCUCAGAGUUCCGUCGCUCCGACGGCGUCCACACUGUUGAGCCCACUGAGGAAGGCGACUACCAGAUCUGCUUUGACAACAGCUUCAGCCGCUUCUCGGAGAAGAUGGUCUUCUUCGAGGUCAUCCUGGAGGGGCCGGCGUCCGAGGAGGGUGGAGACGACGAGUGGGCGGGCCUGGGAGAGCCCGAGAGCCUAUUAGAGUACAAGCUGGAGGAUAUCAGGGAGUCCAUGGACUCGGUGCACCGGCGCCUGGAGCGCAGUCGUCAGAUGCAGACGGCGCUGCGUGCGCACGAGGCGCGUGACCGCUACCUGCUGGAGGACAACCUGUGGCGCGUGUCCUUCUGGUCCUGCGUCAGCCUGCUGGUCCUGCUCACCGUCGCCUUCACGCAGGUCUACACCGUCCGCCGCCUCUUCGACGACAAGAGGAGGGUGUGCACGUAGAGGCAGCGGAGCGUGGUGUGUGUGUGUUGUGUUUGGGGGGGGGGGGGGGGGUGCGGUCUGUGAGCAGGGUGAUUUGAAGACUCUCCCAGUUUGAUUACUUUGUUGUCAGUUAGAUCAUCCUAAUUGGAUGCAAGCGAAGCAGUUUGUUGCAUUUCUGUUUCUAUUUUUUUUUGUCAAUGUCUUUGUCUCAGUGUACAGAGAGCAUUCAGUACUAUGUAAUAGUCUGACGCUCACAUGCAGUUAGUACAAGCCAGCAGUCUUUUUAUUCUCCCUCACUUGUUCCCCCACCAUUGAUUAUUUUUUCUCUCUCUCUCUCUCUCUCUCUCUCUCUUUCUUUCUCUUUCUUUCUCUCUCUCUCUCACUCUCACUUUCUUUGUGUGCCCCCCAAUAUAAUAAACCUAGCCAGUUUUGUUACCUGCUUAUUUGAGCUCUGGUGAGAGAAGAACCAAUCAGCUGCCUUCUCUCAACCACCUCAACCAAUCACAGAGGAUGGACAGACAGACAUAGAGAGAGAAAGAGUGGAGAGAAUGAGGAUCAGUGUGAGCGAUGAAGACAAAAAGAGGUGAGGAGUUUCUAACAGAAAGAAAGAGAGAGAGAGAGAAAGGGAAGAAGAGAGAGACAGUUACUGAAGUGUGAAUAGAUCUCUGUUUGCCUACAAAAAUCCGGAUCUCUCUAUAUGGGCAAAGAUGGUACCAGGAUCUCCUUAUAUGGGCAAAGAUGGCAGCUUUGGGUCUUUUUUUUGUAGGUGAACUUCAGAGGUGUAUAUGGAGUGCUAAAAUGAAUUAUUGCAGUGCCUUUUUAGUGUCUACUUGAUUUGCUUCAUUAAGUAGCAAGGCCAUGAUUGCGUCAUGAUCAUUGGCCUGAGUGACUCAGCUUAAUAACAGUGGUCCUCCCAUUGGCCUGAGUGACUCAGCUUAAUGUCAGUGGUACUUUGCAUUCGGCAUUUUCCUGUUCACCACAGGUACUUUACAAUUCAACAAGAAGUGUGUGUGUGUAUUCGGGAAGGGUCAGAGGUUGAGUGGGGAUUCUCUUAACUACAUCAUGUGCCACGUACUCAAACUUUGACUUGAUUGAUCACAUGGAGAAGAGAGCAGUGGUGGCGUUUACAUAAAUUCAAGUUUAAAGCAAUGUGUGUGUGUGUGUGUGUGUGUGUGUGUGUGUUCGCGUGCGUGUUAUGCAUGCACGUGUGUUUUUAUCAUUUUGUUAAUAUUAACAAAAGGGAGAUGCGUUAUGAGAUGUGAAAUAUAUGUAUGCUGUGAUGAAUCAGAUGGAUUUUUUUAAGAGUUUACUUUUUACAAAAAAAAAAGAAAAUAAAAUUCAAAGUACAAUA